GUCGACCAUGGCGGAAUGUGGUCGAGUUGACAGUAGCACAAGUAGACAUACCAUGGAUAAAAGCAUUACUCUUCCGCCCGACGAAAUUUUCCGCAAUUUGGAAAACGCAAAGCGCUUCGCAAUAGACAUAGGUGGAUCUCUCACAAAGCUUGCCUACUAUUCAACAGUACAACACAAAGUGGCCAAAGUGCGAUCUUUCGACCACACCGCAAAGGAGGCUGCCAGUGACAAGCUGUAUGAAAUCUCAGUGCAAGAAGAAGUCACUGCACGCCUGCACUUUAUCAAGUUUGAAAAUGCUUACAUCGAAACAUGCUUGGACUUUAUCAAAGACCAUCUGGUCAACACAGAGACCAAAGUUAUCAAAGCCACUGGAGGAGGGGCACAUAAGUUUAAAGAACUCAUUGAGAAGAAACUCGGACUCAAAGUGGACAAAGAGGAUGAGAUGACCUGCCUUAUCAAGGGCUGCAACUUUGUGCUGAGGAACAUCCCCCAUGAGGCUUUCGUGUACGCCAAGCACGCUGACUCUGAGUUCCGCUUUCAGACCACUCAUCCAGAUAUCUUCCCUUAUCUGCUUGUAAACAUUGGCUCUGGGGUGUCCAUAGUUAAGGUUGAAUCGGAGGACAAAUUUGAGCGAAUUGGUGGAAGUUCAAUAGGUGGAGGUACAUUUUGGGGACUCGGAGCAUUGUUAACCAAAACAAAGAGAUUUGAUGAGCUACUACAGUUGGCCUCUAAAGGGCAACAUACAAGUGUUGACAUGCUUGUCAAAGACAUCUACGGAGGAUCUUAUGGGUCCCUGGGCUUGACUGGAGAUCUUAUUGCGAGCAGUUUUGGAAAGUCUGCAACUGCUGAAAAAGAGUUCUCUAAAGAAGACAUGGCCAAGAGCUUACUCCACAUGAUCAGCAACGACAUCGGGCAGCUGGCCUGUCUGUAUGCCAAGCUCCACAACCUGUCCAGAGUAUAUUUUGGAGGCUUCUUCAUCAGAGGACACCCUGUGACCAUGCACACCAUCACCUACAGCAUCAACUUCUUCACCAAGGGUGAAGUUCAGGCUUUGUUUCUAAGACAUGAAGGCUACCUUGGAGCCAUUGGAGCAUUUCUUAAAGGGGCAGAGGAAGACAAUCCAAACCAGUACAGCUGGGGGGAGAAUUACGCUGGAAGCUCAGGCCUGAUGAGCGUUUCUCCAGAUAUGAAUCCAAUGCAACGUGCACGUAGUGGAACGUUUCCCUUCGACAUGUUGGAGAUGGAUCGUCUGGAGAGGCAGCUGGUGAAUUUGCCUCUGUUGCAGGAUCCCUCGUCUUACAUCCCUGACACUGUUGAUCUCACAGAGGAUGCUCUGGCCCGUGAAUACUGGCUCUACUGCUUUGAGGAGGCUCUAGAUGGGGUGGUCAAAAGAGCAGUGGCGAGCCAACCCGACAUGCCAGAGGCUGCAGAGAGAGCGGAGAAGUUCCGUCAGAAGUACAGACACAAACUCCAAACCCUCCGCCACCAGCCGUUUGCUUAUGGAUCCCUCACUGUCAGAAGUCUGUUAGACACAAGGGAACACUGUUUAAACGAGUUCAACUUUCCUGAUCCCUACUCUAAGAUUAAACAAAGAGAGAACGAUGUCGCUCUGAGGUACUACCAGAAGGCCGUGAAGUCCCUGGAAAAGUUGAGCUGGGAAGAAAGGCAGUUCGCACUGGUCAGGGGCGUCCUGGCUGGUAAUGUCUUUGACUGGGGAGCUAAGGCUGUUUCAGAUGUCCUGGAGUCUGACCCUGAGUUUGGUUUUGAAGAAGCUAAACGGCAGCUGGAAGAACGGCCAUGGCUUGUUGAUUGUUAUGACCAGUGGUUUGAGCGAAUAAAGGGUCCUCCUCAUAAGUGUGCCUUGUUUUUCGUAGAUAAUAGUGGAGUAGACAUCAUUCUAGGGGUGAUGCCUUUUGUCAGAGAGCUUCUCUCUCGAGGAACAGAGGUUGUGUUGGCCAGCAACUCUGGCCCAGCUUUGAAUGAUGUAACAAACGGCGAACUGCAAAUUUUGACAGAAAAAAUUGCUGCAAUGGAUUCAGUGAUACAGGCUGGGCUGAAGGAGGACAGGUUGACGUUGGUGCAGAGUGGUUCCAGUUCCCCCUGCCUGGAUCUAAGCCGUCUGGACAAAGUGCUGGCGACAGUGGUGCGGGAGCGGAAGACCGACCUGGUGAUUAUUGAGGGAAUGGGCCGAGCCAUUCACACCAACUACUACGCCAUGCUCAGCUGUGAGAGCCUCAAGAUGGCUGUCAUCAAGAACUCGUGGCUGGCCGACCGACUGGGGGGGAAGCUGUUCAGUGUGGUCUUCAAGUACGAGGUACCGGCUGGGAGACCUAGCCUGGACUCCACAGCACUGACGCCAUCAUGAGCGGGAUAGGACGCUGAAGUCAUGCAACCAGAACGAAUAAGCUCAGAAUGUAAGGGUGACGGUCACAUACUACCACUGAGUGAAAGCUGAGGGUAUUAUGUCGGUACGGUUUAAAGGUAAAGGGUCACUAAUGCAGUGAUAUUACGGUUUAUUUUGAUUUUAGUCCUGGGUUCAUGAAAAUAACUAUAAUUUCUUUCUCUGUCCAACAUUCUGCACCGUCACUUAGUUUGCUUCUGUCAUUACUGCCUAUUGAUUUCUCUCAGCACCAGGAGUAUGUCGUCAUCACCGGCUGCGUUCAGUAAACUCUGAUAGAGUGAUAUGACAGUCAAGAGCUUCAGUUUGUAGUCACAUGUAUUCCAAACAGAAGUAUUUUCUAAAAGUGUGCAUGAGUCGUAGACAUGCUGCCAAUGCACAACACUGUCCGCCCACAUGGGGAAAUGACAUUUUUUUUGACUGGUGUGUGUUUGUAAGUAAGACAGAGAGUGUGAGUGAGUCACACAAGGGUAAUUACAGCUUUUAGCAGCAACACUUCUUUUUUUUUUUUUACAUAAAAUGUGUUUAAUGUGCCUUGAGGCUGAUGUGAUAAAAGCAUCAUUCACUCAGAAGUCAUUUAGUUUGAUUUGAAUUCCUGUUAAAGGCUGCAGUACUCUUAAAAAAAAAAAAAAAAAAAGGCUUAAUUUCUUGCAGUCUUACACCAUAGACGUGGAAGAAUCAGCGGAUUUCCUCUUUAUCAUUACUGCCAGUAAAUGAGCUGAGAUUAGCAAACGAAUCAAGAUCACUGUCACUUGUGUAGCUGUUAAAGUGACAUCAGGGAAAACGUUUUAUCAGUGAGAGUAGCAGCACUUUAUUCAAGCGAUCGUUUCAGCUGUGUUCCUCCACAAGGUGGCAGUAUUCUACUGUGAUGUAGAUUUUCUAAUUUUCUCCAGUCUUUCCCAAGGUGCUUGGUGUCGAGAUUAACAAUGCAUACUUCAGGUUAAAAUAGUCUAACUGUUUCCGAUCAAAGCAUCACAUGGAGCUUUUUGUCACUGAGCUGGCCGUGGCAUUUGGCCCAUGGGUUUACUGUAUUUAAGUGGCAUGUGCAAGUUCAAACACAAUCAAAAAUGCAAACAUUUGAAGGCAAUAAAACUGCAGCAUCUGUAUGUAACAAACAUAAAGCACUGUGCGAUUGUAAAAGUGGCUGACUGUAUCGGUGAUUUCGUCUUUUCAACAACACACCCAUAGCUUAAACGAAAGCAGGAUCGGAUCUUACAAGUCUCGCCUCGCUCUGAAAAUACUACCCAAAGUUCCAGUUGCUUUACAUGUGGACUCACAUCGCAGUAUUGUAUCUGUCAUUUGUACAUAUAUGUGACAUACAAGUGUGUAUAUGUAUAAAAUUCAUUUGCAUCAUUUCAGUUAAGCACACCAAGCACAAUUUUUGUGUGUUAUUCUUCUGACAAUCGAUUUUAAUUAAAUGGUGAGAACCUUUAUUUUAA